AGAGCAUUCAGUAGCUAUCGCGCAGUCAACAAGAAGUGCACGAUGAGAUUUCUGGUCCUCCUCGCUAUCGUCGGCUAUGCCUCGGCAUCAGCCAUCGCCCCCCUGGUCUACGGCAUCAACCCUGGUGACGCCCAGGCCGCGGCCAUCGACGCGACAGUAGCCGCUCAAGACCACGUGCGAGCUGUGGGCGAAGGCCAGGCCAGAGCUGCCGAAGCCGCCGUCCAGUGGAACACAGAGGCCGUCCGUCAAGCGUCCGAGGCCGCCCGCGACAUCAACGAGAACGCGUAUUGGAAUGGCGUGGCAGCUUCGCAGAACUUAGUCGCCGCGGCGCAGUCGCAAUCCGCCGCUCUAAGCGGUGCCGCGGCCGCCGCACGCGCAGCUCACUUGGGCGUCGCACCUCUGGGAGUCGCCCCACUUGGCGUAGCUCCACUUGGCUUGGCCGCGCCAUACGGUCUCGGACUCGGCCACGCCGGUCUCGGAAUUCACGGACUCGGUCUACGCGCUUGGUAAUAUGCUUAAAGUGACCGUAAUUAACGAUUGACAAUAACGUUCUCGAUUGAAGAUUGAAAACGUUAUUGUCAAUAAUCGUUAUUUUAACGGUUAUUUUAAUAGCGUUAGUAACCUUGUCGAUUAGUAUAAUUUUUCACUGAUCGGCGAUGUUACUGGAUGGUCGGUAGCAACCGGCUUGGUCUCACCUCAACACAUGGAUUGCUCAAAAAAGGUCUCAGCAAAGUAACUCUCUUUGUAAAUAUCACGCCAUCACUGCCAAAGUGUAAA